AUGGAAGUUUCCACGAGCUACAUGCUUGUUCCCGUCCUGGGAUUGUUAGGCUAUGUCAUUUACUGCUUUUAUAAUUUGUUGGAGAUGUAUUGGUUGAAGCCAAAGAGGCUUGAGAAAUGUCUCAGGAAACAAGGCUACAAAGGCAGUCCCUAUAGGCUCCGAGGAGACCCGUAUGAGAAAAAGUUGAUCGGGGAAGCUCUAUCCAAGCCUAUUGGACUUAAUGAAAAUAUAGUAAAACGCACCAUGCCCCAUCUUAUCAACACUGUCCAAAUUCAUGGAAAAAAAUGUUUCUAUUGGAAUGGGAGAUUUCCAAGAGUGAUUGUGACAGAUCCAGAACUAAUCAAAGAAGUCAUGAAUAGGUACAGCGUAUUUCACAAAAAUUUCCAAAAUUAUGAUCCAAUUGCCAGAAUCCUUUUCUCUGGACUGGGCGCCUUAGAAGGGGAGCCAUGGGUCAAGCGCAGAAGGAUCCUCGGCCGUGCUUUCCACGCUGAGAAAUUAAAGCUGAUGCUGCCUGCAUUUCAUAUCAGCUGCGUGGAGAUGUUGAGCAGAUGGGAGAGUAUGGUAUCCGGGAAGGGUUCAAUGGAGGUGGAAGUGUGGCGAGAAAUUAAGGAUUUAACAGGAGAGAUGCUCUCAAGAACACUCUUUGGGACUAGGUUUGCAGAAGCACAAAGAAUCCUGGAGAUAAUUAACGAAAUUGCCGCUCUUACUAUGGACGCCAUUAGUUCAACUUACAUUCCAGGAUUGAGGUUUCUGCCAACCAAGAGAAACAGUAGGUUAAGAGCAUUGGACAGAGAACUAAGAGGUAGAGUACAAGUAAUCAUUGACCAAAAGAGAAAGGCAAUAAUAGCAGGAGAAGCAUCUGGUGAUGACUUCUUGGGUAUAUUGGUGGAAUCCAACUUGAAUGCGCUAAAGGGCAACAACAAAGGCGAGGUACUGACUGAUCAAGAUGUCAUAACUGAGAGCAGACUGUUCUUUUUUGGCGGGCAGGAAACCGGCACAAACCUGAUUGUGUGGGCGAUGUUCCUCCUGAGUAGAUUCCCUGAUUGGCAGCAACGUGCUAGGGAAGAAAUUUUUCGAGUUUUUGGGGACAAAAUGCUGACCUAUGAUGGUCUAAACAGCCUAAAAACUGUAACAAUGAUCUUGAACGAGGUUCUACGAUUAUAUUGCCUAGUACCCGAGGUCUCAAGAGUUAGUGCUGAAGACACUACACUUGGGGAGGAUUUCAUUCCAGAAGGAGUGGAAUUUCAAAUGCCACAAGUAUUGGUCCACUAUGACCCUGAAUACUGGGGUGAUGAUGUUCUGGAAUUCAAGCCAGAGAGAUUCGCCGAGGGGAUAUCAAAGGCAACAAAUGCCCAAGGCGCCUACUUCCCCUUCACCUUGGGGGUACGAGUCUGCAUUGGGGAUAACUUUGUACUCUUGGAGGCAAAAAUGGCGAUGUCGCUAAUUCUACGAAGUUUUGCCCUUGAGCUCUCUCCAUCCUAUGUCCAUGCACCGAUUAAUCGUAUCACUACAAAUCCUCAAUACGGUGUUCAUUUAAUCUUGCGCAAACUCUAGAAAAAGGAUGUCCAUCUAGUGACUAAAAUUAUCUCUAGCUUCUUUGAACAGGCUACAUUAAGCUAGACCUAAUAAAUGCCUGGGUUCAAGCAUUAUUGUCCAAGUAUGUAAGGAGAUUAAUGGACUUUCAUUGUCUUGAUGACGGCAUUAAGGAGAAAGAUUACAACAGAUUGAUACACGUGAACGGGGUUACGUAAGUUUAGGGGCUGCAUGUGCGUGCAUGGGGUUUGCAUGGAGGGCCACAGCUGGGUUUUGUUGCAGUUAGUUACUGAAAGUUGUUACAGUUAGUUAGUACUGAUUUGUAAGAUUCUUAUGACAUCAGCAGAUGUCAUAAGUUUGUUAGCCGGUUAUAAGCUCACCGUCUUAGCACUUAUAAAAGGCGAAGAUGGGCACCAGUAGAAGACAGACAAAAUCUGGGAAAUUUGUUAUAUCGGCACUUUCCAUUUCUUCUGUAAUCUUUCCUUCUUUAUUCAAGUCAAUAAAGU